CCACACACUAUACGUAUCCUCGUUGAACAUAUCCACUUAACUCUAGGCUCUCUAGUGAUUAAUCAACCGUUAAGUUCAAAUUUUUUGCACUGCACCGAACAAAUACUGCAUAAAGAAGGCAAACACUCUUUCCAUGUUUCACUAAACAACACCACACAACACUGAGAUCACCAUUGACUAGUCAUACAGAAACCCAGACACACAAAUAUACAGAUAUACCAAUAGAAAGAGACGAGAGAAAAAGGAGAGAGAGAAAAUGUCAUCAUCACCAAUAACUAGAAAACCCACAUGGCACCCAACACCACCACCACCACCAAGCCCAAAAAUCCUCCAUUUCCCCCGUAGAACUCACCGCAGAAAUCCCAAAAACAAAAAAAAGAAGCAACUUUACCCAUUGGAGCUGCAUGAGAAAUACUAUUACAAAGGGAGGCUAGAUAGUUUAUUUGAUCAAGAAAGAGAUCAGUUUCAAUAUGGAAGGACUUCAUCUGUUAUUAAUCCCAUUGUUCUUCUCAAAACUUCAGCAACUACUUCUUCUUCGGCUUCUACUGCAGCUCAGAGGAGAGAAAGAGUUGAAGAACAAGAACAAGAAGGUGGUGCUGGGGCUGGUGCUGCUGGGGGUGGCGGUUUGGCGACGCAGGAAGGUGCCGGAGCGAGGUUGGAGGAGAAGUGGAGGUUUCAAGCAGAGAUGUUAAGGGCAGAGUGUAAUUUCUUAAGGACGGAUAGAGAAUUUGCUUUGAAGAAAUUGGAAAAGAAUAGACUUCAGAUGGAGAAGACUCUUAGAUUAGCUGUUCAGACACUCAUUUCUGGGAAAAAGAAGAUUUUUGAAGGGAAGAAUGUGAAUGCAGUAUUGGAAGAGGAGAUUGAAUAUUUAGCAGAGAAACUUGAGGAGUUAAAGAAAAGUUGUAAAAAUAAAGAUUUUGAAGUGAGACAUUGUAGUAAUUUUGAUAAAAAAGCAUAUCAUUUACAGAAAAGGCUAGAGAAACUUGGAGGCUUAACAGAUGAAACAGCUCUCAAGGAAUUACAACAACUGACUCAGUUAACCAAUGAGAUUGACAAAGAAAGCAAGAAUACUUCUACUGAUGUGGAGUUGUUGAGGGAAAAAAUUGAAGGAUUGUCAAAGGGUAUGUUAGAUGGAAUGGAGGAAGAAUAUGGGGCAAUACAUUCAAGCGCAGCUGACAGCUCUAUUGCCAGUUCUGCUUCAACUUCCAAGAGAAUUGACUCUUAUACUGACCCUUCAUCAACUUUCUCUACAAGACAACAAUCAUCUCAGGACAUGAUGCCACUCGAGGAGAACAAAUGCUCCGGGCGUUGCAAGGCUAUAGUUCGAAGGAUCGUAGAACAAGUGAGAGCUGAAACUGAGCAAUGGUCACAAAUGCAGGAAAUGCUGCAGCAGGUCAGGGGGGAGAUGGAAGAACUUCAGGCUUCUCGUGAUUUCUGGGAAAACCGAGCCGUUGACUUUGCUCAUGAAAUCCGAUCUUUACAGUCCACUGUGGAAGAAUGGAAAGACAAAGCUCAAGCAUUUGAAACCAAGGCAAAGGAUAUGAAGUGUGAGUUAACUGCAGCAGAAGACGAGCUAGAAAAAUCAAGGACAAAGAAAGCUAUGAUGGCACAUGAUCAGAGGGAGGUAACAUCUACCCCGAAUUCUCCUCUGAUGUCAUUAGCCAAACAAAUUGAGAAGGAAAAACGUGUGUUGGUUUGUCGGUUGAAAGAAGAAAAAAAUGCUAAUCAGAAGUUGCAAAAACAAAGAGCUGUUGAAGUGAUUUCAACGAAAGAUUUGCCACCUAUUUCUCUAGGGAAACAACUAGAGAAGGAAAAGAACAUGUUAAUGCAUCGUCUGAAGGAAAAUCGCAGAGCCAAUGACAGGAGUUGUAGGCGAGAGCUUUCUCCUGUUGGGAGAAGAAAAGAACAUCCUUUCAGCAAAGAAUCAGGAGUGCUAAAAAGGCCACCAUUUAAAGAUCUUGGAAAUUCAUCACCAUUAUUGGUGAGGCAAAAUAGUAAAGCAGUUUACCCUUUGCACAGCCCUGAAUCUAGACAGGCAAAUGAUUGGUUUUGAAAGUAAGCCAGAUAUAUCCUUCUCUAGCAGUUUUGUCAUGUGUCUGCUUCAAGUGAAUUGCGUAGUAUUGACUGGUGCAAGCUUUUUGUAGAGCAGACAAUUUUGAUAAGAAUAAGAGUAUUUGUUAGAUUUACGAAGAAAACGGAAUCGAAAGAUCAAGUUGAAUUGAGAUUAAGAUGAGAGAAAUGAGAAAAAGUAUAUAUCUUUGAAGCUGUACAAAUGAAAAAUAUCUAUUCUUCUCUGUUUUAGAGAGUUCUCUCUCUAUAUAGACAUGACUUUAUAAAAGGGAAAGCAAUGUAAAAAUAUAUAUAGCAGCA